AUGGUCAAGCUGCUGAGGACACCGCACUGGCAGUGCUGCUCAGUGCAUCUGGUGACUUUUCUUCUCCUAAUCGCUCUUGCCGUGGACUUCUUUGGUUAUGAUUACUUGAACCUGAAGAGCCAGAAUCUUCGAAGCAGGCAAGCUGGGGCAAGCCUGGCAGUUAGAGAAGGUUGUGGCCCACAAGCCAUGGAAUUAUCAAGAGUGGUAUAUCCACAGCCAGAUGUGCUAAAAGCCCCUAGGCCAGAUGUCCCUGUUUUGACCCCUUGGCUUGCCCCCAUUGUGUGGGAGGGAACUUUCAACUUUGACCUGUUGGAUGAACAUUUCCAAUGUCAGAAUGUUACCAUUGGGUUAACUGUGUUUGCAGUAAAAAGAUACAUAUACUACUUGAGGAUGUUCCUGCAGACUGCAGAGAUACACUUCAUGGUGGGUCACAGGGUGAACUACUACAUCUUCACUGACCAACCUGACAAUGUUCCUCGAAUCCUGCUCCAGAAAGGAAGGCAGAUGGUCAUCCUCAAAGUCCAGAGCUAUGCCCGCUGGCAGGACAUCUCCAUGCGCCGCAUGGAAACCAUCAGCAUUUUUUCUCAGGAGCGCUUCCACAGAGAGGUGAAUUAUCUUGUCUGUGUAGAUGUGGACAUGAAGUUCAGGGACCACGUGGGCGUGGAGAUCCUCUCCUCCUUGUUUGGCACUCUUCAUCCUGCCUACUAUGCGAUCAACAAGCAGUUCUUCCCCUAUGAACGCAACCCUCAGUCACAGGCCUCUAUCCUAGAGAAUGAAGGGGACUUCUAUUAUACAGCGGCCUUUUUUGGGGGUUCUGUGCCAGAGGUUUAUAGGCUCACCAAUGCCUGUCACCAGGCCAUAAUGAUGGAUCAAGCCAAUCACAUCGAGGCCGUGUGGCAUGACGAGAGCCACUUGAACAAGUACCUGCUUUACCACAAACCCACCAAAGUCCUCUCCCCAGAGUACAUGUGUCACACAGCAGAGGAAUGCAUAUGGUUUCAGAACAAGCGGGGCUUGUCCACCAUCGUAAAACGGGUGAGGUUUGUGGCCUUGCAAAAGAAUAUGAGUUACGUUAGGACUGAUGAGGGAAGCGCUCAGACAGGUUCAGCGAAAGGUAACGGUGGUCAGCCCUACUCUUUCUCCUAG